AUGAGAUACCUGUCAACGCUCGCGGCAAUUGCAUUGAGCUUCGGCUCUGCUCAUGCUUGGGGAUGGAAUGGAGGUGGUGAUGACGGUGGCAACUCAGGAUCCAGCUCUGGCUCUUCAGGUUCAUCUGGUUACGGAUCAGGCUCAUACGGAUCUUCCGGCUCAGGGUUUGGUCCCGGCUCUUCAGGCUUCUCAAUACCAUUCGGUGGUGAUUUCGAAAAAGCUCAACGCGCUAUGAUCGCCCAUGGUGUUCUUGCAGCGCUAGCCUUUGUCGUAUUCUUCCCCUUUGGAGCUAUCAGUAUCCGUUUGUUCAGCUUCCCAGGACUUCUUUGGUUCCAUGCCAUUGUUCAGGUGCUCGCAUAUCUCGUCUUCAUCGCGGCAUUUGGACUUGGUAUCUAUCUUGCCACUCAGAUCCCACACAUGCUCACCCAAGCUCAUCCGAUUAUCGGUAUCGUGCUUUUCAUUCUGAUCUUCUUCCAGCCAAUUCUUGGUUAUAUGCAUCAUCGUCUCUUCAAANAGUACAAGCGCCGCACAUUCUGGUCUUAUGCUCACAUCUGGCUUGGACGCAUCAUCAUCACUCUAGGCAUAAUCAACGGUGGCCUCGGACUGGAUCUCGCGCACAACACUCGCAAGGGUGAGAUUGCUUACGGUGUCGUUGCUGGUAUCGUCUAUCUUAUCUACAUCAUCAGCAUCUUUGUCGGCGAGGCAAAGCGAAGAAGAGACAGGAAAGCGGCUAUCCGUGCCGAGGCAGAGCCAAAGAGAAGCGAUAGUGAUUCAAACGACUCUCGUACGCCGGGACUCAGGACAAAUUACUAUGCUUAG